AUGGACCCAGACGCCUCCUCGGUUUGCAACGCGUCUCGAGAUCUAAGGGUCGGGUUUAAGAGCUGCUGCUUGCACCAAUGCGCGAGCGCUGUGAUUCCGAUCGGCUACAAGUGCAGUGACGCCAACGUUGCAUGUGGCCCACGCAACGAAGACGCGUCUCGGAGCUGCAACAGUCUACCCACAUCGCUUGGCGACUUUCAAGCGUGCUGCAUGAAGAAUUGCUAG